CAGUAAUACCACCUUGAUUCGCCUUGGUUGUAGAUCAUGAAAUCGGAUGUUUUCCACACCUAAAGACCAACGACAAAAGAAUGGCGGCAACACUGAUUGUGAUUAAAGAAACUGGAAGCUAAAUAAUCAAAACAAAAUAAAUAAUGGUCCAAAACAAAUUGAUUAUUGACUAACACGAUUUGCAAGUGAGAAAAAUUAUGCUUUAAUUAGCAAGCGAACUGGAAAAGAAGUCGGAUACUUUGGAAAACAUUUAAAUCAUUACGCGUACGGGAAUCAAGCAUUAAAAAUGAAUAGAUCCGACUCCAUUCGUCGGGAUCGCUCCUUCGACAGCGUUCUCAAUAAGUUGAUGCGUAUGCGGUCACAGAACCAUGAAACGUUCAAGGCAGCGAUGUAUAACUUUCUCAUAGCAGCUGGCGUUGCUGCGUUUGUUGCCGUCUGCUUUAUUUUAGGCCCAUUUGUACGUCCCCUACUCUGGGCUUUUCUUAUGGGCGCAGUCCUCUUCCCUUUCAAAAGGCAUUUGGCACAACUGCUGAAUGGCUGGUUCGAGCGCCUGGAAGAGCGCGAUUCAAAUGUUAUGGUAUCGAUUUGUUUAGCACCGCUUGAAGCCAGUGAAUAUUGUGGAAGUUUGGUAGUGAGCUGGUUGCGAGAACACUGGCAGCUAUUGACAGCAGGCGUCGGCGCGGCUGCGUGCUUCAAACUGUUAAUGCUCUAUGCGCCUAAGGGAUUUCUGUGUGCGGUUUGGCGUUUCGUCGUUUUUUCGCAUAGCACUUUUGUACAAUUAAUUGGCUUUCUAAAUAUUUACAUGCUAUUUGCAAUAAUUGCAAUCUACUUAACGUCUGUGUAUUUUACAUCCGGCUCUAAAAUUGCCGAUGCUUUAGAGAACUCCAUUUCGAGUGUGUUAAUUUCCAUGUUUAAGUGUUCAAUUUUUACGGGCCUCUUCACUUGGCUGGUACAUACAGUGUUUGGCGCUCGCAUAGUCUUUCUACCAUCGGCGCUGGCAGCGAUUUUGUCUGCUGCACCAUUUUUGGGCAGCUACUGGUGUUCAUUGCCUGCCUUGUUGGAGUUAUGGCUGGCUCAAGAUCGCUUCUAUGCUGGAAUCGUGCUAUUCCUAUUGCAAUUCUUCGUGCCACCGUAUUUUGAGGCAGCCAUCUAUGCAGAAAUGAAGGGCGGUGGACAUCCUUAUUUGACUGGUUUGGCUAUUGCGGGCGGCAUGUAUUGGAUUGGUUGGCAGGGCGCCAUCUUUGGUCCAUUAAUGUUAUGCUUCUUCAUAGGAAUAUUUGAGGUUGCAGCUGUAGCUAUGCGCGCCAAUGAUGAUCCAAGACGAAGCUCUGAAGAAGACACCCGAGCGACGUUGGAGUUAUGGCUGGCUCAAGAUCGCUUCUAUGCUGGAAUCGUGCUAUUCCUAUUGCAAUUCUUCGUGCCACCGUAUUUUGAGGCAGCCAUCUAUGCAGAAAUGAAGGGCGGUGGACAUCCUUAUUUGACUGGUUUGGCUAUUGCGGGCGGCAUGUAUUGGAUUGGUUGGCAGGGCGCCAUCUUUGGUCCAUUAAUGUUAUGCUUCUUCAUAGGAAUAUUUGAGGUUGCAGCUGUAGCUAUGCGCGCCAAUGAUGAUCCAAGACGAAGCUCUGAAGAAGACACCCGAGCGACCAGUAGCAGCGUAGAUGUGUCCGCUAUAGAAAGUGUGCUAGUUAAAGAAGUUAAUGAAACGCAUCUGAAGCCGCCGCAAGAGGUGACUGCGAUCGAGGAGGUGCCGAUAAUCGAUGCCAUAAAGAAACAUGGAAACAAUGAAAAUGAUAGACAAAUAAUGUACAAACCUAUCCAGCAAACCAGCCAUGCGAACGACUUGAGCCCGACUAAGCCUCGGGCUGUAGAGCUUAAGAUAAUUAAGAAAACAUUACUGCCUGUAGCAGAAGCGAGUAACUAAUGUGUAUAUUUCUAAAACUA